AGAAACUCUUAAGAGGCCCUCUCCACUCUCCCUUCACUGUCUCACACUUGACCCCGGAAGAACUCCGCCUCCCGCAGCCCGCGCCGCUGCUCAACGCCAGGCUGCAGCAGAGAAGGCAGCCGUGAGCGGGCUGUACCUUGCCUGGGGCGACAGUGAAGACUGAAAGAAGAGUCAUGUCAGAGGAAACUGUAGGCCAAUCACAGUUUUCCUUGAGGACGGCAGUACUCAAAGUGUUCGAUCUCCCUCUGUCUUGGUACUGUUCUCUCUCUCAGAUCAAAUUUUCACCAAUAGCUAAAAAGUUGUUUGUGGUAACUGCAGUGAGUGCUGUAUCUGUAAUUUUUCUGGCCCAUCAUUUUAAAAGAAGACGUGGGAAAAAGAAAGCAAAAAUCUUCCCGUGGGAACCAGAGCACCUCCUGCUUGAAUAUGCUAGAAGAGCGGCAUCAGAUAAAGGUUCAAGUUGUUCCAGCAGCAGGCAGAAUUUGACUCUGUCUUUAAGUUCCGCCAAAGACAGAGGAUCUCAGUCUUGUAACUACGCCAAUGGGGGGCUUUUCAGUAAAUAUUCGGGUUCUGCACAGAGUUUGGGCUCUGUCCAGAGUGUCAAUUCUUGUCACAGCUGUGCUUGUGGCAAUUCCAACUCAUGGGACAAAGCAGAUGAAGAUGAUGUUAAACUUGUUAAUAUUCCUGUGACCACUCCUGAGAACUUGUACUUAAUGGGCAUGGAGUUGUUCGAAGAAGCGCUGCGUCGGUGGGAGCAGGCCCUCACCUUCCGCAGCAGGCAGGCUGAGGACGACUCCUGCAGCUCCAUUAAGCUGGGCGCGGGUGACGCCAUUGCCGAGGAGAACGUUGAUGACAUUAUCAGUACUGAAUUCAUCCAUAAACUUGAAGCUCUGCUGCAGAGAGCGUAUCGUCUUCAGGAGGAGUUUGAAGCUACCCUCGGGGGAUCUGGUCCUGAUUCCCUUGCCAAUGAUACUGAUAAAGAUACAGACGUCACAGUGAAGGGAAGUGGGGAUGACCUCGGCCUCCGAGAUACCUUGAGCGUCGCGUCAACGGACUCCUUUGCUUCGGCAGAGCUCGCAGAGCACAGGGAAGCGCAGGCCUGCAGCCUGGAGUCUUUCUGCCACUGCCCCUUUUACGAAGAAGCCAUGCACUUGGUUGAAGAAGGGAAAGUUCACUCUCGAGUCCUGAGAACUGAAGCACUGGAGUGCCUCGGAGACAGCGACUUCCUGGCCAAGCUGCACUGUGUGCGACAGGCUUUUCAGGUAAUUUUUUCAGAAACAUCCAACAGGAUAUUCUUGGCUGAGAGUGGAAGGAAAAUUUUAUCAGCUUUAAUUGUCAAAGCACAAAAGAAUCCAAAGAAGUUUGAAGAUGUUUUUGAUGAAAUGAUGUAUUUUUUAGAGCAGACUGAUCACUGGGAUAGUACUGAGAAGGAACUCGCUGCUAUUGGGGUGAAAAAUCUCAAUUUUUAUGAUGUUGUUUUGGACUUUAUAUUAAUGGAUUCCUUUGAAGAUUUAGAAAACCCCCCCAUGUCCAUACAGGAUGUAGUAAAUAAUCGCUGGAUAAAGUCUUCCUUCAAAAAAACUGCGGUGGCUUCCAGUUGCUGGUCCGUGCUGAAGCAGAAGAGGCAGCAGAUGAAGGCAUCGAACUCACGACCGCACACUUGCAAAGCAGGCACUUAUGCCGCUGAGCUAAACCCCCAGCCCUUGGAGCAGAUCCCAGAUGGGUUCUUUGCCCAUUUUUAUGCCAUUUGUGAGCACAUAAGUCCUGUCCUGGCCUGGGGCUUUUUGGGUCCUAGAAAUUCUCUCUAUGACUUAUGUUGUUUCUUCAAGAAUCAAGUCCUGGCCUUUCUUAGGGAUAUCUUCGACUUCGAGAAGGUGCGCUAUGCCAGCGUGGAGGCGCUGGCCGAGGACCUGCUGCAGCUGCUGCUGCGCCGCACCGAGCUGCUGCUGGCCUACCUGGGCGCCGACGCCCUGCGCCACGCCAGCGGCUGCCUGGGCGGCCACAGCCCCCUGGUGCCCGCGGGGCUGGUGUAGGCCAAAGUGCAGUGAGCACAGCGAGAGGCCGCCUUGUGGUGGCCACGGCCUGGCGUGCAUAACUGGGAGCGGACUGGAGGAUGGGGCUCAGGGAAGCCCAGUGCGUCGAGUGGGCAGCAAGGGACUGGUCCUUGGGUCCCUGAUCGUGUGUCCAGGGUCCUCCCCGUGUCCUCCGGGAGUCACUUCAGUCGGAAUUGUUUGUAUUUCCUAAGAACAGUGCUCCGGUGCCGCCAGCACUCAGAGAGAAUCGCUGAGCCCUCAGGUCUCCGACCACCCGCUGUCCUCUCAGAAGCUGGUUUUAUGCUUUGCAUCUUGAAAACACCCGCGGCCGCUGGAGGUGACCCGGCGCCGCACACCCAGCGGUGCCUGAAAGCGUCUUCCACUUGGUGGGGUCGCGCUGAGUAGAUGCCGCACGAUGCUUUCUGUGUGCUGCUUAGCUGUCGUCCAUGCACUUACCCCUGUAUUGGCAUCAAACAAGUUGUAGUACUUGAGUGUUGCUGUAACGCAUUUGAAUGAACUGACACUGAGAAGUUUACAAUUUACAACUUUAUGUUCCAUUAACUGUAGUUUUAAAAAAAUCUGUCAAUUCUUCGUCUUCAGAAGCUACACUAGAUGAGGGUUUUGUUUUUGUUUUUGUUAUGGUGCUGGGAUCAAACUCAGGACUUCGUGCUUGCCAGGCAGGAACCAUGCCACUGAGCUAUAUCCCCAGCCCUAAAUUACACUAGAGACUUGAGUAAUUAACUUCAUGUAAUCUUGGGUGAAUAUUAAUUUAAAAUACAAUAUUUGUUUAUUAAGGUAAUUUAAAUUUUUCCCUUUUUGGAUGAAUUUUGAGCCUGGCUCCCAACACCUGAAGAUGUUGAACUUAAAAUUUUAACACAAUUUCUCCUUCCUCCUCCCGCAGAAUGGCCCUUUCGCUGACCCACGGAGCUCCAUAUGGUCAGUUUUGCCCAUAUUUUUAAAAUAACCACACUGUGGAUGGUAAACAGGUUUUAGGGAAGGCUUUUUUUUUUCUCUUCUGAUAUAGAAUGAAAUAUUUUUAAUGAUAUGAAAGUAUAUUUUGUGUCUUUAUGAUAAAUACAUGAACAAGUGGGCUGUUCUAGUGAGACUUCUCUUCAGAGUAUAUUAGAAGCUUUGAGCUGCAUAGAUUCUGCUUCUAAAUUAUGAUCUCACUCGUUUGAGGUGGCUGACUCAGCCUCCUGGUGAAUUGCAUUUGUCGAUUUUGCUUCUAAAGUGGGCUUAUUCACUUUAGAAGUGAGUGACAUAGAUGGAUCUGAAAAGCAUUACUUUAAAAUGUAUUUUUAGAUUGAAGUGCCUAGUUUCAGACUAAUGAACAGUAGCAAAUGUGAAAAAAGGUUUACUUUUUAAGAUUAUAAGUUUGUGUAUGUACCACAGUUAUGUGAAGUGACUACAAGGUACAACAUGGAGAAUCGUGCAGUUUUGAAUGUACUAUACAGGUUAGAACAUUACGCUAUAAAGUAUUAUUCUGAUUGUUUUAGAAUAUUUAGCCCCUUGACAUUUUCUUAUUUGUUUGUUUUGCACUUGUUUUGUUGUUUUGAGACAGAGUCUCGCUAUGUAUUUGAGGCUGGCCUUGAUUUCACUUACGUAGCCCAGGCUGACCUCAAAGGCAUGGCGACCCUCCUGCUUCAGCUUCCAUAGUGCUGGGAUUACAGGAGUGCACCACCACACCCUGCCCUGAAGUUUCUUAUUCUGUGUUUUAACAGUUGCCUACUCGGUUUUUACUGAUAGAGGAUGAAAGAUUCCAUUAUGUAAUGCUUUGCUUUUUAUUACUUAGCUGUUUGACCCUGUUUGAGUAUACUGACCUUGAAUGAAACAUAUACACACACACACUCACACGUGCACACAAGUGCUCACUGUACCCUGUCACACUCCCACCUGCAUGAGGCAGGACACUCACUGCUCAUUAGUUUACUCGUUUCAGGGCUAAAUGUUUUGUGUGUGGUUUCAUAAAGCUAUGAAUAAGCUUCAUUUUUUUUUGUUGUUGUUGUUUGAGAAAGAUACUGUUUAAAAUCACUUGAAAAAUUGCACUAUUUAAUAAUGCUGCUACUUCUAGAUAAGGUAAUUUGUUGGGGAAUUUAUUUUGUCAGAUAAGUGACUUCCUAGAAAGAUUUUUACUCUGGUUUUUAUUUUGUGUUCUUCUUGGCUUUUUUUUUUUUUUUUUUUUUUUUGCUUCUUUUUCCUCCUCUUUCUUCCUCCUCCUUUCUUCUUUUUCACUUUUUCUUUGGAGACAGUCUCACUAUGCAUUCAGGCUGGCCUUGAACUCACUAUGUAGCUCUGGCUGGCCUUGAACUCAAGGCAAUCCUCCUGCUUCAGCCUUCCAAGUGCUGAGAGUACAGAUGUGCACCACAAAACCUGACUUGUUUUUUCUUUCAAAUUUCAGCAAAAUAAUUUUGGCCAAUCUUUAGGAGGUUGUCAAAUUCAGUGCUUCAGUUUGAUUAGUUUCUGGUUAGUUCAGUAAUUACAUUAGUGAGAUACUUUCUUUGUGGCCUUUGACAAAAAAGGAAACAUGACCAAAUGGAAUUUCUGGGCAAUCAUUUUAAGGAAGAACCUCUGUAUUGUAAGUAAAAAUGACUUUUUAAAAAAUAAGAUUGUAUUGGCACAUUUUGGAUCCACAUAAUGAUCACAUCCAUCAUAGGAAUUUGUACCUAUAAUGACACAAUUUGAUUCCUAUUUUCUUCCCCACUCCUCUACCCUCCCUUCAGACUUCUAUUUCAUUUUUUAUUUUUCUGAGACAGGGUCUUGCUAUGUAGUUCAGGCUGGGCUUGAAUUCACUGUAUCCCAGGCUGGCCUCAAACACACAGUGGUCCUCCUGCCUCAGCCUCCCGAGUGCUGGGAAUACAGGUGUGUGGCACCACACCCAGUUUAUGAAUUUAUGGAUUUUUUUAAAGGAAAUGUCUUCCGGAGAAGAACCACUGCAGAAGGGUACUUGAAGGCAGUUUUCAUUUGCUUUAAAAAGAUUAAGCAACAAAAACAGUGCUUCACAAAAUAAAAACAGUUAAAGUAGCCACGUACCUUCAGGCUGCUGGUGAGACCAUCAGAAAAUCACCCACCCUCUCCAGUGAGGUGGCAGAGCCAUCAGUCCUGGAAAGGAGACGCUGUCAUCGUCUCGAGGAAAACGAAUUAUCUGAUACUUCCUUUCCCUGUUUUGGUUCCUCUAUACUUAUAAGCAGGUCUUCCUGCCCAAAGGUUAACAGUAUGUCUAUUAAACGUGAAAAUAGCACCACCUUUGUAAAAAGCAACUUUUCCAUAUUGUUGGAGUCUGCGCUAAGGAACUUUUCCUCCUAGAAUAGUGUUCUUCAUCUGCAUUCAUUCACUGUGAGCCUAUUCGUUGAAUUAGCUGACUGUCAAAAGUAUUUACGGAUGUUUUCUUGCCUUAAGAUGUAACCUUUCAAGUUAAUUUCCAAAUGAACUUUAAUGGAUCAUUUCUUGAGGCCUAGGAAAUAGAAAUGCCAGAAUAAUAUUUAAUAUCCUUCCCCAUGACCUUUCACAAACAGAACUGAAGUCAUGUUUUUUAUUUUAAUGUGAACAGGUGUUCAGAAAUCACUUGGGAUGGAAAUUUCAAAGUGAUUUUAAGAAUUAGGCUGAAUUCAUGUCUUCUGUUUUUGAACUUGGACUCAUCAAAUUAAGAAAUACAUAUGUGAGAUUUAAAAAUUUAUAUAGUGUGCCAUAAAUAAGGAAGUAAGGAACCCUCACCUUCCUGGUGAUUAGUGCAUUGUGUUACUGUUUUGAUUUUAGAACAGCUGUGUUUUGGCUUCCCUUGGCUGUGUCAGUAAAUACAGUAUCUGUCUCUAAAAUGUAAGGACUGAACUCAUUAUGUAAAACACUACAGUAGCAGAAAACAGUGCUCUGUAGCCAAAAUGAGCACUAUUAAAAUGGAUGUAUUUCUACUAUUGCCAAAUAAAAAAGCAAUGAUACAUCUCAGUGA